ACAUAAGUAAUUAUAAGUAAUUUUCAAAUUCGCCGAACAAUUUGAACAAUUUGUUCUAUCAUCUUGUUAUCGUUUUUGCGCGUUUUUAUUAAUAAAUCAUGGUAAACCAAACGAGUCAAAACAUUACACAUAAUUGUAAAUGGGGUGGCUGUACGGACAAGUUCGAUUCUAUGUUGUCGUUGUGGAAACAUGUUGAGCAGCAACACGUUGAUAAUGCAAUACCACGUUUAAUACAUUUUGUGAACGAUGACGACGAAAUUCCUGUCACAGCACCACAGAAUAGUGUAAUUAACACCACUGUGAGCGGUACGGGCAAUAUUAAUAAUGGACAAAUUUUAAUUCCAAUGUUGCCAAAUUUAAAUUUAAAUUUACAAGUCCAACUAUAACAUAUGACGACCCUUUUGGGCGACUUCCUAAUGCACAAAUGAUCAAGCGACAACAAUAUAACAAUUUUAUACUUCAACCAAUGGUUGCAACUCAGUCUCCGCCUAAUCUUCUGCAGCUGCAACAACAACAACAAGCAUUAAUCCAAUUGACUAGAC